AUGAUCAACUUGGAACACAGGCGUGAACUACUCAGUCACUUGACCCCAUCAGAAAAGCUGUUCCUAUUUGGCACUGAUGAAAGCAAUGCACAAUUCGAAAUAGCACAUCUCAAGCAUGCGAAACGAAGAAAAAGAUCUCUACAUGGAACAGAAGACUUAGCAGCACUGAAAGAGCACUUGGGGAUAAAAGUUAAUUCUCGAAACAAUUUCCUAGACCCGCAGUUCCUAUUGAUGAAGAGAUGGCUGAAUGGUACGGAGUUAUUGGGACAUGACCAUGAAGAUGAUUGUUAUUAUAGAAGUGAACACGCCGCCUUGUAUGUCUGUGAUGAUGUGAGAGGUAUAAUCAAAUCCAAAGACAGUUACUACUCCAUACAUCCGCUACCAGAAAGGUUUCACACAGAAGAUACCAAACCACAUGUCAUCAUCAAGCAAAGAAAUGACAUCGAACUAACUAACGAACAGAAGUGCGCGGAAAAUUUUCCUCAAACUAACAUAUCAUCUAUAGAGCCAGUCAAAAUAUGGAGCAAGCAUAGACGAAAAAGAGACGUAAACAAACUAAAUUUAGAAGAAUUCAAAGCGAAGAUAGCAAAUAAUAAUAAAACAAUAGCAAAAUUUGCAGCAGGAGUAGCAAAAGAUGUUAGCAGACAAAAAAGAGCAUUGCUGCCGGCAGUUUUUGUUGAAACAGCGGUGUUUGUUGAUAGGGAUUUGUAUAAGCACAUGACAGUCAACUUUCCACAAGAUACAGAAAGAGAAUUAGUAAGAUUUGUGCUAGCUAUGAUUAACGCUGUACAGCUGAUAUACCAUGAUCCAAGUUUGGGUAGGCCAGUCAACUAUAUUUUGAAAAGACUGGAAAUUUUGCAUGAAGAUCCGGCAAAUUUGAAGAGACCUCAUGAUAUUGAUCGGUUUUUAAGUAAUUUCUGCACGUGGCAAAGGCUGGAGAAUCCACCAGGUGAUACCGACCCCUUGCAUUGGGAUCAUGCUUUGAUUCUGACAGGAUUAGAUCUGUAUGUCGUGAACAAAAACGGGAAAGUAAGCAGCCAAGUUGUUGGUCUCGCUCCAGUUGCCGGUAUGUGCACUGUCACCAGCAGCUGCACUGUUAACGAGGGGCGACACUUCGAGAGCGUGUACGUGGUCGCCCAUGAAAUUGGUCAUAAUCUAGGCAUGCGUCACGACGGGCCGCUCGCUGACAACGGCUGCGACCCCAGCGCCUACAUCAUGAGCCCCACGCUCGGCAGCGGCAAGAUCACCUGGUCGCAGUGCAGCAAGAACUAUCUGCAGAAGUUUCUGGACACAACACAAUCCCGGUGUCUCUUGGACCACGGCAGCUCGGCGGGGCAGCUGGACCACUCCGCAGAGGGAAUACUGCCAGGGGAGAGAUUUGACGCUGACCAGCAGUGUAUGCUGAAAUACGGUCGCGGCAGCCGUCACUCCCUAACUCAGAGUCUGGAAGCGGUGUGUCGGGACCUGCACUGCCAGAGGGAGAGAUACACCUGGACCUCGCACCCAGCGCUUGAGGGGACCAAAUGUGGGGAUGAUAUGUACUGUCGCGGUGGUGCAUGCGUGGAACGCGGUGGUCUCGCGCGUUGGGGUCGCUGGGGCUGGGCGGAGUGCGCCUCCGCCUGCCUGCUGACUGACAGCCUGUCACCUGCUGCUGCUGGUGUUAGAGUCGCCACGAGGAGAUGUACUAGACCAAGACACGACAACGGGGAGAGCUUCUGCCAAGGUCCUGAUAAGAAAUAUCAAUCCUGUCAUGCUCACCAAUGCAACAACGUGCCCCGUAUGACAGUAAGAGAGUUUGCUGAUCAGAUCUGCUCACGGGCUCGCGAGGUGGACCCUGAUCUGAUAGGAACUGGCCUGCAGCGGAUGGAUGUGGAUGACGUAAGCAGCGCGUGCGCGGUGUGGUGCGACCGGCGCGGCGGCGGGUACAAGUCACGAGGGUGGGCGCUGCCCGAUGGCACCGCCUGCUCCACGCACGAGCCCAUGUUCUGCAUCAGCGGGGUCUGUCGGAAAUUCACCUGCUCGAAUGGCGAGGACGCGGAGUAUUCGUUAUCACAGGAGGACUGCGAAUGGGAGGGACUGAAGGUGCACACUGUUGAGCCGCCCAACUCUAUUCCUGUAGGGGGAAAAGCAUCCCAUCGUCGUCGCGCGGCGGGCGAGUGGGUGUCGGCGUCGGGCUGCCACGCGCGCUGCGUCCGCGCCGCCGCCGGCCUGCGCCUCGUCACUAGCAGACUCACACACAGGACCAACAUACAGCUGUGCACGCCGGAGCGCCCGCAGGCGUGCUCUCAAAUGAUGACACCUUACCAAUACGCCACGAUGGUCUGCAGCAAGUACAAGGAGCGGGUGAGACGUCUUUCCGGAUUGGGAAUGCAGAUUUCACCAGCCCUAGAGGAGCCGGACCGUCCGUGCCGCGUAGCCUGUCAGGACGAGCGUGUAGCUCACCGCUUCUACCUGGUCAACGGCGCGCCGGGCUGGUUCCCGCUCGGCACCAGCUGCGGCGGCAACGCGUCAUACUGCGUCAGCGGGAAAUGCCUGGAAUUCGGCGCUGACAACACACCAGUAGCGGAAUCAGUGUUCACGCUGCCUCUACUAGAACGCAGGUCGUCCAAACGCAGACGCAGCAAGCGUUACCGCCGCAGCCUACAGCGGCAUCCGCUGCGAGUUACCGCGACAUUGGACAGACUGGGGCUAGAGCAGAUUAUUGCUCAGCUGAACCUUACAGGCAUAGAAGAGCAUGUAUACCUGCAGCAGAUACCUGACCACAUCGAGUUGGACUUCCACAAUCCCGUACACAUCUCCCCCGGGGACACGCUCACACACAAACCGCACAGACACACGUGGGAUUAGGCCACACACAAGUUAAAGAUCGCUGACCAAAAGUGGAAGGGAAAGAUGCCGAAUGAAAGAGGCAAAUGUGUUAGCUAGUCGAUCAAUU